GGGGCGGGGCAGGCGCCGAGUGUUGGAGAUGCUGCCACUGCUGCUGCUUCUGCUGCUGCUGCGGGACGGGUUCGGUUCCGAGUCUGGCUUGGCGGGCACGGGGCGUGGGACGACCCAGGGCGCGGUGGCAGCAGCAGGAGCACACUGAGAACCAUGUCCAGGAAGAAGACCCCAAAGAGCAAGGCGGGGAGUGUGCCUGCUGCCUCUACGCUGCCCACCGCCGCCAAUCGGCCCCGUCUGGCAGGUCCCAGGACUGCGCGUCCUGGCCCGGAGGCGCUACCCAACGGGCCCCCACAGUCCGGCCGGCCCUCACUUGGUGGCACUGGAGACCUCUACGACGUUGCUUUCAAGGUCAUGCUGGUAGGGGAUUCCGGUGUGGGGAAGACCUGCCUGCUUGUGCGCUUCAAGGAUGGGGCUUUCCUGGCUGGUACCUUCAUCUCCACUGUGGGCAUCGACUUCCGGAAUAAAGUUCUGGACGUGGAUGGCAUGAAGGUGAAGCUACAGAUCUGGGACACAGCUGGUCAGGAGCGGUUCCGAAGUGUCACCCAUGCCUACUACCGGGAUGCUCAUGCACUGUUGCUGCUCUAUGACAUCACCAACAAAGACUCCUUCGACAACAUCCAGGCCUGGUUGACAGAGAUCCAGGAAUAUGCCCAGCAGGACGUGGUACUCAUGCUGCUGGGAAACAAGGUUGAUUCUGCCCAAGAACGCGUGGUAAAGAGGGAAGAUGGGGAGAAAUUGGCCAAGGUGAGUCCAAACAGGGUGGGUGACGAGGGUGUCCUUAAGGCUGUAACUCUUGGGCUGCCCCCAUUCGGCCAGCACCUAGCUGGCAGCAGCUGUUUGCAGGAGUAUGGGCUGCCUUUCAUGGAAACCAGCGCAAAGACCGGCCUCAACGUCGACUUGGCUUUCACAGCCAUAGCAAAGGAGCUGAAACAGCGAUCCACACAGCCUCCCAGGGAGCCGCACUUCAGGCUGCACGACUACGUCAAGAGGGAGGGUCAAGGGGUGUCCUGCUGUCGACUCUGAACCUGGCCGACUUCAGUCCCACUCUUGAGGAAGCAACCCUGCCUUGUUAAGUUGUAUGGAGUCUGUAUAGUCUUGACCUGACCCAAUGGAUGCCCCCAGUGUACCCAUUUUCAAGACUCUUGAGGCUGAUGCUCACCCUUUUUGCCCCAGUGGCCAUCACAGAAAUGGUCUUUUAGCAUACAAACCAUGCCAUGGCACUCUGCUGCCCUCUUCUGGGCAUUUGCGGUGGAGAGGACAGCAUCAUGUAUUGUGCUGAGCUUCUAAAAAAAACCAUGCUUAUUGCAUACUGCCCAGGCAGGACCGGCUUCAUCACCCAUCAUUCUCCAUUUGUUAGCCCCAAGGCCACAGCAGCCUGCUUUCUGCCCACUGUGGAGCUCUAAGAGGAAACUAGCACGUAGGCAGGAAACCACAGGACACAACCUAGUCACCAUUCAGCAGACUGGCCCAAGCCACAAACUCGAGUUAAAACCCAUCCCCAAAGUCUUUAUUAAUAAAGAUGUUUUCUGGA